AUGUUUUUAAAGAAUAUUUUUAUUGCUCUUGCUAUUGCUUUAUUAGUUGAUGCUUCUCCAGCUAAAAGAUCCCCAGGUUUUGUCACUUUAGACUUUGAUGUCAUUAAAACUCCUGUUAAUGCUACUGGUCAAGAAGGUAAAGUUAAAAGACAAGCCAUUCCAGUUACUUUAAAUAAUGAACACGUUAGUUAUGCUGCUGACAUCACUAUUGGUUCCAAUAAACAAAAGUUUAAUGUUAUUGUUGAUACUGGAUCUUCUGAUUUAUGGGUUCCUGAUGCUUCUGUUACUUGUGAUAAACCUCGUCCUGGUCAAUCAGCAGAUUUCUGUAAAGGGAAAGGUAUUUACACUCCAAAAUCUUCUACCACUUCUCAAAAUUUGGGUACUCCAUUCUAUAUUGGUUAUGGUGAUGGUAGUUCCUCUCAAGGCACUUUGUAUAAAGAUACUGUUGGUUUUGGUGGUGCUUCAAUCACAAAGCAAGUCUUUGCCGAUAUCACCAAGACUUCUAUUCCUCAAGGGAUUUUAGGUAUUGGUUAUAAAACCAAUGAGGCUGCUGGUGAUUAUGAUAAUGUUCCAGUUACUUUGAAGAACCAAGGAGUUAUUGCCAAGAAUGCUUAUUCACUUUAUCUCAACUCUCCCAAUGCUGCCACUGGACAAAUCAUUUUUGGUGGGGUUGACAAAGCUAAAUACAGUGGUUCAUUGAUUGCUGUUCCUGUCACUUCUGAUAGAGAAUUAAGAAUCACUUUGAAUUCUCUCAAAGCUGUUGGCAAAAAUAUCAAUGGUAAUAUCGAUGUUCUUUUAGAUUCUGGUACCACAAUUACUUAUCUUCAACAAGAUGUUGCUCAAGAUAUUAUUGAUGCCUUCCAAGCUGAAUUGAAACUGGACGGUCAAGGUCAUACUUUCUAUGUUACUGAUUGUCAAACUUCUGGAACUGUUGAUUUCAAUUUUGACAACAACGCCAAGAUUUCUGUUCCAGCUUCUGAGUUUACUGCUCCGUUGAGCUACGCUAACGGUCAACCUUAUCCAAAAUGUCAACUUCUUUUAGGUAUUAGUGAUGCUAAUAUUCUUGGUGAUAACUUUUUGAGAUCAGCUUACCUUGUUUAUGAUUUGGAUGAUGAUAAAAUUUCUUUAGCUCAAGUUAAAUACACUUCUGCUUCAAACAUUGCUGCUCUUACCUAG